AUCUCUGAACGUGUUUGUCCGUCUGUGUUUUCGCUCCGCCUCUCGAGCCGACUCUGCACUGGAGCAGACAUUAAUGUCCACAUUGGACGAUUAAACAUUUAGAAUAAUGCAUCCACAGUUACUGUGCAGUGGCGUGACCACCGUGGCCGCCCGUCGGAUGCGAAACAUUGUGGGGUCAUUGUUAGGAAGAGAUGGCUGGACGCGCCGAACUCACGAGGUCAAAAGCGUGAGCACUUCUUCAGGCGACACCAUAAACAUCGGUGAAGUCUCUUAUAAACUCAAAAAACCUCAGAAUCCAGAACUCGUCCCCGUCAAACACUUUUCAGACUCACUGCCUCAGACUGUUGUUCAACACCUUCGUUGGAUAAUGCAGAAAGACCUUUUAGGCCAAGAUGUGUUUCUUAUUGGACCCCCAGGAACCCUGAGACGAUCAAUAGCAAUGCAGUACCUUGAGUUGACUAAACGGGAAGUGGAAUAUGUCACUCUUUCCAGAGACACAACAGAGACUGAUUUAAAGCAGAGGAGAGAAAUUUGUUCAGGGACGGCCUUCUACAUUGACCAGUGUGCUGUAAGAGCAGCAACACAGGGUCGGGUUCUGGUUCUGGAAGGGUUGGAGAAAGCAGAGCGAAAUGUUCUUCCAAUCCUUAACAAUCUGCUGGAAAACAGAGAGAUGCAACUGGACGAUGGUCGUUUUCUAAUGGCAGCUGAGCGCUACGACAAACUGCUCCAGGAGCAUACCAAAGAGGAGUUGGACAGAUGGAAGAUUGUUCGUGUAAGCGAAGACUUCUGGGUCAUCGCCCUUGGUAUUCCUGUUUCCAAGUACAAAGGGAACCCAUUGGAUCCUCCUCUUCGCUCUCGUUUCCAGGCCAGAGACAUCUAUUACCUACCAUUCAAGGAUCAGCUGGAAUUGCUAUAUGCAGCAGGGGCAAACGUUCCUGCAGAAAGGGUGUCCCAGCUGCUGUCAUUUGCCACCACGCUGUGCUCCCAAGAAUCCUCCAGUCUAGGCCUUCCUGAUUUCCCAAUUGACAAUCUGCUUCCUGCUGUUCGUGUUUUGAACAUUUUCCCCAUGCUUCCUCUGCACAAGCUCAUUCACAGACUUUAUCCCUAUAAGAACUUCCUGGCCAAGGAUGGACACACUGCUGUUGAGGCUGUACUGAAUAAGUUUGAGCUUCUGGAAAACCAACUUCAGCAAACUCCCAGCUCUAUUUUGAGUGUGUCUGUGUCAAAGGAAUUUCAAGGCCAUGUGGAUGUAAAACUAAGCAUCGCAGACAAAGAAAUUACUUUUCAGAGUCCAGCAGGCACUAACGAGGCCCACCCCCCCCACAGCAACCCCACCUUCGUCAGCACACCAGGCCACUCGCAGCUGCUGGCUGAGAUGAUGCAGUCACACAUCGUAAAGGACAUCUGUCUGAUAGGUCCUAAGGGCUCUGGGAAAUCUGUCAUCGCCAGAGAGUUCGCCAACAUGUUGGGUUACAGUGUUGAGCCUGUCAUGCUCUACCAGGACAUGACAGCCAGAGACCUCCUCCAGCAGAGGUACACCCUCCCCAACGGAGACACAGCAUGGCGGCCAUCUCCACUCGUCACUGCUGCCCUGGAGGGCAAGAUGCUGCUUCUAGACGGAAUUCACCGGGUCAACCUGGGAACCCUGUCUGUGCUCUCUAGGUUGCUCCAGGAUAGAGAGUUGGAUCUUUAUGAUGGAACCAGGCUGCUGAGAUGGGACAGAUAUCAGACACUGAAGGACCAGCUGCAGUUGAGCGACCAGCAACUGCAGAAGAGGUCAAUCUUUCCCAUCCACCCUUCCUUCAGAGUGCUGGCUCUGGCUGAGCCUCCUGUCGUGGGUGGCAGUACAAGCAGUGAUAGCAGUAGAGGUCAGCAGUGGUUGGGCUCAGAGCUUCUCACUUUGUUCCUGUACCACACUGUCACACCACUGGCCAAAGCUGAGGAGAUGGACCUCAUACUGGGACUUACUCCUAACGUACCAAAAGAAGCAGCAGAGCAGCUGUUAAACUUCACACAUAGUCUACGUAGAGGAAAUGAUCCCACAGCUAAGUCUUUGGCCUCGUCAUUUUCCACCAGGCAGCUGCUGAGGAUUUGCCGCCGCCUCUCUCAAUACCCCGAGGAAAACAUCACCCACUCCAUUCACAAAGCAUGUCUCUCCAGGUUUCUGCCCAGUCUGGCUCGUGCCACUCUUGAAAAAACUCUUAAGAACUGUUCCAUGAAGGCCUCUUUGGAGGAUGCUGAAGGCAUUUCUGAUUAUUGCUGUGCGGUUAAAAACGGCGUGUUGACUAUUGGCAAAGUGUCGUCUCCCAUCUAUAGCUCUGUCCAAAACCUGAAAGUUCCUGAUGUCCUCUUCUAUGACAAUCCCCAGCACAUAAUGGUGAUGGAGGACAUGCUGAAAGACUUUCUCUUAGGAGAGCACCUCUUAUUGGUUGGAAACCAGGGUGUGGGUAAAAACAAAGUGGUGGACCGGUUCCUGCAUCUGCUCAACAGACCAAGGGAAUAUAUUCAGCUCCACAGAGACACAACGGUCCAGACUCUUACGCUGCAGCCUUCAGUGCGAGACGGUGUCAUUAUGUACGAAGACUCACCUCUGGUGAAGGCAGUGAAGCUUGGUCACGUUCUUGUAAUUGAUGAAGCGGACAAAGCUCCCACCAAUGUCACAUGCAUCCUCAAGACCCUGGUGGAGAGCGGCGAGAUGAUCCUGGCAGACGGACGCAGAAUCCUCUCCGAUCCAUACGAAGCCAAGGGGAAGCCCAAUGCCAUAAUCAUGCAUCCAGACUUCAGAAUGGUGGUCCUGGCCAACCGCCCUGGUUUCCCUUUCCUGGGAAAUGACUUUUAUGGAUCAUUAGGUGACAUUUUUAGCUGCCAUGCUGUGGAUAAUCCAAAGCCUCAGGCAGAGCUGGAGAUGCUAAAACAGUACGGCCCCGAUGUUCCUGAUGCAACCCUGCAGAAACUGGUGGCUGCAUUUGGGGAGCUUAGGUCCAUGGCGGAUCAGGGCACCAUUUCAUACCCAUACUCCACUCGAGAGGUGGUCAACAUCGUGAAACAUCUUCAGAAAUUUCCCAAUGAAGGUUUGGCGAAUGUUUUACGUAAUGUCUUUGACUUCGACGCGUACAGCAAGGACAUGCUGGAGGUUCUGAUAGAGGCUCUUCACAAGCAUGGGAUCCCCUUUGGAGCCAAGCCCACCUCUGUCAGCCUGGCUAAAGAAUUGCCUCUGCCAGAGGUCAGGAUGACUGGUUACUGGAGCAUUAACCAAGGGGGCAAUGCACGCCGCAAACUGCUUUGUCCCACUGAGACACACCCCGUGGAUGUAAAGGGCCCUGCGUUUCUACGCGUUCAGCGCCUUCCCUGCAACAGAAAAGAAAGCAGGGCUUUAAGUUUCACAGAAGAAAAAGCCAACUGGCAACUUCCCAUGAAUGAAGUCAACAUCAUCUGUGAUGUCACAAGUACAGAUGACAUUCUGUACGUGGCCACCUGUAACCCCGUGUCCCUUUACUCCAUGAAGAAGGAUGGAGAGACUAUUCAGUUGAUGGAGCUCUAUGAUGUGUUUCCAAGGACCAUCAGCGGCGUCUGGCAGCCUUUUGUUACUGUUGCUCCACUGGGGAGUCCGUUGGAUGGACAGGUGGUGUUGCAUGAGGAACAGAGUAAUACUGUGCUGCAUGUGGACCUGGUGACGGGUGCCGUGCGGCGGCUCACGCUUUCCCCUGACAGCGAUCAGACGUCCUCCAGUGUCUCUAACUGGUGGAGCGGAAAAGAACAACAGGGUGUGUACAAGGUCUGUCGAGACUUUGCACAUAAAAAUUGGCUUCUGUUCUACAAAGAAGAUCGCAAUCAGCUGGAUGUGCUCGAUGUCCUGGAGGGUUUGGUUCACUCCAUUUCCCUCCCCAUUAAUCUGAAGUCUGUCUUCUUGGUGGCAGAGGAUCGCUGGCUACUGGUAGAAAGCAACACCAACAAGAAGUUCCUGUUGACUAAGCCCAUGCACAUCGCAGCUGAACAGUCUGGAGUUUGUCAGCUGCACAGCAUCAGUGAGGAUUUGGUCAGUCCUGGCCAUGGAACUAGUGCUGUGGAGGUGUCCUUACCACAGAUGCUGUCGAGCGAACAGCUGCCUAAUGAAAACCUCAGCGCUGCUCUGAACCAGAAGAUCAUCUCCCCUAAUCGUCUGGUGGUAGACACUGGCUCUUUUGCACAGAUUGUUGUCGGCUUCCCAGAUCUUAUGUCUCCUAACGAGGUGUACAGCUUCCGGAGGCCCGCUGACCUGCAGACGAUGAAGGCCACUGAAAGCGGAGCUCAUCUUUUCUUCAGAAGUGGACUUCGAAGCGGCACAGCAAAACGGGAGAACUGCGUCUGUCUGCUCUCAGCCAACCAGGUGGUCAGAGCCAUUCCCCCCAACAAGGUGCCCUUGAAAGAGAUCUACCCCAAAGAUGUUACGCCUCCACUGGCAGCAGCAUAUUUGGAAGUUACGGAUCUGACCUCCAAAAAACUAAAGUAUAUUCCUGUGCCAAGGUCCAUGUCUGUAUCACCUUACACCAGCUGGCUGUCGAAGGUAUCAGAGAGUGAUGUGCUGACGUCUGCUCUUGGCCCUGGAAGCAUGGUCACAGUAGAUAUGGGCGGUUGCAUCCGGCUCUGGGAGACAGGGUUGGAGACCCUUCAGCGCUCACUGAUUGAGUGGAGGAACAUGAUUGGGAUGGAAGAAGGCAGCCCUUUACAGAUUACAAUUCAAAGGGACAGUGGCUUGGAUGUGUCUGCUCCAAAACAUGGAAAAGUAGACUUAAAUAAUGCUCCUCACGUUGGGGGAAACCAGUGGGCCGGGGGAACAGGUGGCAGAGACACUGCAGGACUGGGAGGCAAAGGAGGACCCUACCGUCUAGAUGCAGGCCACAAGGUCUACCAGGUGUCCCAGGCAGAAAAAGACGCUGUUCCAGAAGAAGUUCGCAGAGCAGCUCGUGAAAUGGCUGAAAAAGCUUUCAAAGAAAGGAUGAGGGAAAUUGGCAUGAGUGAAUACGACGCCUCAACCUACGAGCGCUUCUCCACCGCUGUAAGACGACAGGUUCAGGCGCUUCGCAUCAUCCUGGACAGCCUACAGGCUAAAGGAAAGGAACGUCAGUGGUUGAAGAACCAAGCGCUGGGAGAACUGGAUGACACUAAAAUCAUUGACGGACUAACAGGAGAGAAGGCCAUUUAUAAACGCAGAGCAGAGCAGGAUCCAGAGCUGGGCAGUCCACAGCAGAAGCCAAAGCGUCUGCGGGUGCUGGUAGACGUGUCGGGGAGCAUGUAUCGCUUCAAUGGUGUGGAUGGACGACUGGAACGCUCCAUGGAAGCUGUAUGCAUGGUCAUGGAGGCUCUGGAAAACUAUGAGCACAAGUUCAAGUACGACCUCGUGGGCCACUCAGGUGACGGCUUUGACAUUCCUCUGAUCACGACAAACAAAGUCCCAAAGAACAACAAGGAGAGGCUCAAAGUCCUCAAGACCAUGCACGCCCAUUCCCAGUUCUGCAUGAGCGGCGACUACACCCUAGAGGCCACAGAGGCCAGCAUUAAGGAGCUGGCACGAGAGGAGGCGGAUGAGCACUUUGUGGUGGUGUUGAGUGACGCAAACCUGGAGCGCUACGGGAUUCAGCCAGAGAGAUUCGCACAGGUCUUGACAUCUGAUCCUCAGAUCAAUGCCUUUGCCAUCUUCAUUGGCUCCCUUGGUGAUCAAGCUGAAAGACUCCAGAGGACCCUUCCAGCCGGGAGAUCAUUUGUUGCCAUGGACACCAAGCAGAUCCCCCAAAUACUGCAGCAAAUCUUCACAUCAACAAUGCUGUCCAGUGUCUGACAAGCCCACACGCAGUAGAAAACCCCACAAGUUCGAUCCAGGCAGCAGCUAAACUCUGCAUGUGGUUAAUUCUAAUCAGCAUCAAACUGUUCAGUAUAGCUGCAUCCGAGUCAGGCAAUGUAGGUAUUUUGACUUUUAGGAGAUGAAACAGCUCCAGUAGGGGGGUGUCCACCAUGGCAAUGUAAACCUGCAACAACUUGUGAUGAUGCUCAGGAUGACUGAACCCACAGACGGUGGUGAGGUAACGAUAAAUGCCUGCAGUCUCAGAGGAUCAGACGCAGCUUACCCGUCCUUUUGAAUGGUAUAGUUGGCUAAGCUAAUAAAGUCACAUGUAUUUGGGUUUUCCAGCAGGUUGAGCCAUGAACUUGACAGGGUUGUACUUAUUUCAAACUUCCGUUGAGCUUCAUGACAAAAACACUGAGACUCCCAUGAGGACACGAAGCUCAGCUGCUCUAAAAUUCUGCAAGUGUGAAUAAGUGAGAUCCCACCUGGACCCCCCCCCCCCCCCCCCCCCCAAGACUGUGUCGGCAUGCAGCCCCGCCCUCACAUAAAGGGGCAGCAUUGACCCGCCUGCAUCAUGUUUGUCCUUCACGCCUCGCUGCUCUGGGCUGAAAUCAAUCACCUUAUCAUUGUUAUUGAUUGUCGUCUCAUCUGUUGCUACUGUUUAGAUUAGAACCAGCAGGGUGAGCCGGUUUGCCUUCAUUUUUAUUUGCCAGUUUCAGAGACAUGUCAUUUCCAUAACAACAUAAUCAGAUUUGAACAGAGUAGCUUAUGUAAAUGUUUAAAAUGUUGAUUUGAAAAUAGAAUAAUUUUUAAAAGUAAUGUACAAAGUUUGAACUAAAUAACUAUGUUCUUCCUGCCUUGUUUAUCAUCAGUGCUAAUAUUUUAUUUAAUAAAACUCUGCUGCUCUACC